CCAAGUAGACGCAUCUUCAGUGACUUCACCUGAAAUUAAAAGAAAGAAAAGGAGCAUUAACUUUAGCAAUACAGAAAUAUUGAAAUUGGAAGAGCUGGUUAAAGAUGAGAAAACAUUUUCAAUAUUAACUAAUAAAUUUUCAAACACUGUAAAUAAUAAAAUGAAAAAAGAUAUGUGGACGAAAAUUGCUGAAGUAAUUUCUGCACAAGGAAUUGCAGUUAGAACUGCGGAUGAAUGUAGUAAUAAAUGGCAGAACUUGAAAAGAGAGAGCAAGGCAGCAGUUACCAGUGAAAAGUUAGAACGGCGUAAAACGGGCGGAGGGACCCUGACACUGACAGCUGUCGCCGAUGAACAAAAAGUUCGGAUCGCCGAAAUGUAUAAAGAUUCGGCAUCCUUCAAUGGGAUUAUUGGAGGAUUGGACAGCGAUGAAGCUGAUGGUCGUCACUUUCUGUCCAACACCACAGUUGCGCCCGCUGUGGGAACAGUUGAACAAACGGAGCGGUCAAGUGAGUGUUGUAAUAAAGGUCCAGCAAAGAAGCAAAAGAAGUUUGCAACAAAGUCUGAAGAACUGCAGUACUGGCAGGUACAAUACUUCAAAGGGGAAGUGGAAAAGCAGGAACGGGAGAAACAACUACUUGAUAUAAGGAUUCGAAUGCUGCUGAAAGAGGAAAUGAGACGUGACCAGAACGUUGUAGAUGAGAUCAUCAAUGGAAAAUUUUUCGAGGACUAAAUAUAAUGGUUAUAUUGACUUAGUUGCCUCAGUGCUUUAUUGAAUACAAAAUGAUUAACAUUGAUUAUUUUAAAUGAAUAUAAUAAAAGUGUUUUU